AUGCACUUUCCUCCUCUGGACUAUGUGCUCAUCAUCGCUGCGAGCGCCCAGCUGAUGCAGCAAGCAUCCGCUAAAGCUACACAUGGCAUGGGUGAGAAGAAGCACACUGAUUCAGUUGCAAAGGCAACCUCGUAUUCAGUUGACAAUUUGCCAGCUGUCACGCCUACUUCCUUGUCUUGGUACCUCGCCGUCAAGAAAAAUGGCACAGUUACCUAUAAAAGGCAUAGGUUGGACAACCAAGAUGAUUGCAACGAGGUCAGCGAAUGUUACUGGGGUCUUCAGGACAAGACUAUUGCGUAUCAUCCCCAGCCCGUCGUCACCUACCCGUACAGAGGGAUCGCAGACGCCGCUCUCUUUUACUGCAUGUGGGAUGAUCCUGACAGUCAGAAGAAUACGGGAGAUUUGCUAUAUGCCCCAGCCUACCCAGUGUUUCACCAGUGCUCACCUUUUGCACGCACCACGCUAGAGAAGGACGGAGAUGGUAAGGAGAGGGAAGUGACGAGAAUUAUCCCAAAUUGCAGUGUUAAUUGA